AUGAGACCACGUGUUAAAAGCAUUGAUUCUACUAUAACAGCUGCUCCAACAACUAGUGAAAGUGUUACAGCAGCGGCAGUAACAGCAACAGCAGCCGCGGCAACUACACUCAACUAUCAGGAUGAGCAUGUAGUGCGUCCACAUUUAACCAGUCAUCACCACUAUCAUUUGCCACAUCAAUUUCAGCAUCCACAUCAUCAAAAUCAUCAUCCACACAUACACGGCAGUGUGCCCGUACCAACACCGACAGUACCCGCUUCAUAUGCUACGACUCAUAUACUAAACGAAACACGUCACAUUCGAGCUGCUAGUGGCGGCCCGCCAACAGAUGAUGAUGGUAAUGGUGCAGAUUCCAUAGGACGACGAACACCACCAACGGUUGCACCAUCACCAAAUUUAUUGCUGCCAUCAGAAACAGCAUCGCAUACAUCAGUUUCACCCGCAAAGUCUACUGCACGCAUGCGUGACUCUACUUCACAGCAUCGAGUAACAAUUGACGAAUCAAAUCUACCAGUUUCUUCAACACUGACUCAUCAACCGAUAGACGUGACUGGUAGCGGUUCUGACGGUGGUGACGGUUCAGGACCACCAACACCAGGCAGCUCCUCACAACAAUUAGAUAGUGUGGUUAACGAAAGACAAACUGGUCACUUAGCACUCAUGUAUCACUCAUCACAAUUAACAAGUUAUCCGGUGUUGCCGGCUAUAAAGCGUACACAUCGACCAUCUUUCAUAUAUCCACCAAUGCCGAGAGUGAGAGCUGGCGAUGCAUUGGCAACUCUUUUCUCAGCGCUUUAUGGAAAAUUAUUGGUGGUUAUGGGUAUUGCUUUCCCAAUGGCUGAGGUUAUAUCUACUUAUAUACCACCUUCGUUUUAUGAGCUUUAA